AUGGCUGACUACUUAGAUCAGCUAUUUAACAGUGACUCGGAUGAGUCUGAGUUUUCUGGUUUCUCAGAGUUUGACUCUGAUAUUGAAGUCGGUAAUUUGUCCGAUGAAGACAUUAUUCCCAAUGCUGAGGCUGCAGAUGAUAAUUGGACAGAUGACUUCAGUCCAUUGAGGUUUGAUGAGUUCAACGAGCAGCCGAGAGAACGCCUACAAGAUGGAUUUGAUGUAGACACAGCCACUCCCAUGGAUUACUUUUGGCUGCUGUUCUCUCCGCAGCUGCUUCAGUCCAUUGUGGGGCAUACGAAUGGUUACUUCGAUUUGAAGAUGGCACAGCUGGACUUACCAACAGACCUUAGAUGGCAGGACACAACUGAAGAAGAGAUGAGGGCAUUCCUGGCCAUCAACAUCCUGAUGGAUAUCAACCAGCUCCCCAAUGCCGAGAUGUUCUGGUCGUCCAAUCCCUUCAUCAACACUGCUGGAAUCACCAACACCAUGAAAUGCAACAGGUUCCAGAAGCUGGUGCAGUACUUCCAUGUUGCGGACUGGUCGACUGAGCCAGGAAGGGGAGAGCCCGGAUACAACAAACUCUUCAAGGUGAGACUUGUCAUGGAGAGCGUCAGCCGGACAUUCCAGGACAUCUACACACUCAACAAGGAGGUCUCCAUUGACGAGGCCAUGAUUGCGUUUACCGGCCGCAUCAGCUUUAGACAGUAUAUGCCCGCCAAGCCGAUCAAGAGGGGAAUCAAGGUGUGGAUGCUCUGCGAUGCCAGGACAGCCUUCCUUGCUUGUUUUAAGGUAUACCUGGGGCGACAGAACAACCAGACGGAACACGGACUUGGCGACAACGUUGUGAUGAGGCUAGUGGACCACAUCUACCACUCCUUCCGCUGGUUAUUCUUUGACAACUUCUUCACAGUUAUACCUCUCAUGAAGGAACUCCCGGAGAAGGGCCUGUACGCCUGCGGGACUGUCAGGGUCAACAGGAAGGGAUUCCAGAGCCCAGUUGUAGAAACCAGCAGAGGAACGACAGUGUGGAGACUUCAAGAUUUUGCAGAUAGGCGACACCAACCUGACUGCCACUGUGUGGAAGGACACGCGACUUGUUCACCACUUGUCCACGUUGAGCGACCCUACCGUCAUUUUACCUGUAUAGCGACGAUGUGGAGCCAACGUCCUUCAGCUACAGUCGCCACACAGUGUGAACUAAGUAUGAUGUUUGGAGCUGUUCCAAGAACUACUGGCAAUAACUCUUCUGGUUUCUUCUGA